AUGCCGCUGAUAGUCGACAGCGUGAAGCGCGACCUGACUGCUGUCGUAGAAUGGGGGCGGCAAAAGAUGCAGGAGGGCGACUACGAGAAGGCUGCGCAGCACUUCGGUAUGGCCCUGGACCUGCGCCUUGGGUGCCCUUCAGAAGACCGCCUGCGCCACGCCAAGGCUGCCUUCGAGGAGAGCGUGGAAAAGCUUCGGGCGGAGUUCGAUCGUGUCCAGCAGCAUGCGCACGAUUUGGCAUCAGUUUGCGUAUAUGACCGUAAUGGCGAUGAUCCUACUGCCCUGGCUUGCACAGAAGUUGCCAAACUUGGCAACGAGACAUCGCAGCCGAUGCAAGACGAAAUGGUGAUAGCAGAGAUCGAUACGGGCACUACGGAUGCCUUGGAGAUGUCAGAGAAUGUUUUGGACGUGGUGCAAUGUCGCGAGGAAGCCGAAGCCCUCCGGAAACGACGAGAGAUGCAAAUGCCGAGCUCCUGUACCGGUGGGAAAACCGAAGCCGAGCUCGAGAAGUUUGACCGGAGGGCUGCCUGGUUGAACAUCGUCCCUGCGAUCGUCAUCGUGGCCAAUGCUCUCGUCAUUGGCAUCAGCCUCGAUCUCUAUCGUGGUCACAUUGGCUGGCAGGUGCUGGAAUAUGUCUUCGUGGCUUUCUACACCUUCGAAUUUCUCGCCAAGGUAUGGAUAUAUGGAUGGCGCUGGUACUGGUGUGGCCCAGAGCGUGCAUGGAAUCUCUUCGACAUUGCUUGCUUGCUUGUCAUGUAUGUGGAUGUAGCAGUCGCUACGAUGCUGCUGCUACAGGGCCGUGAUAGCUCCGAUGCCGAGGCCAUCUCCUCCUUGAAUUUGAUGAAGAUCUUCCGCCUGGCGCGCCUGGCCCGGCUGAUCCGCGCGCUGCGCUUCCAGGUCUUCCAUGAGCUCAAGCUGAUCGUACUCGGUGUCUUCUCGGGAUUGCGCGUGAUUUGCUGGGCCAUCGUCCUGCUGGUGGUGCUUGUUUAUAGCAUCGGGAUUGGAAUGCGCAACUUCGUGGGAGAGGGACCUCAAGAAUCCGGCGUGGAGUUUGAGGAGUUCGAGACCGUGGCAGCUGCAAUGUUCACCUGUUUCCGGUGCUUCACGGAUGGCUGCAGCGCUUACGACGGGACCCCACUGUCUGAGCGCCUCCGGGAAGCAUACGGGGGCCCGUUCAUUGUCGGCUACAUCUUCGUCACCAUGUUGGUGACCGUGGGGGUGUUCAACUUAAUAAUGGCCGUCUUUAUCGAGAACGUGAUGAGUUCCCAGUUCGCUCGCAAGCAGACUGAGAUAGCCGACACUGCUUUGGGAAUGGAAACAAAGAUCAAGGACAGAAUCAUUCGCAAGUUGGGCUUGAAGAGGAGCAGUUUCCGAUUAUCGCCUGACCUCAAGACAAGAUCGGAAGGUUUGGACGAAGUCUUGCAAGUCGGUGGUCGGAACAUCUCAAGGGAUGAGUUCGACAUGUGGCUUCGUGAUCCAGAUUUCGUGCGCGUGCUGGAUGAGGCCAGCAUCGACGUUUCGGCCCAGGUAGGAUUGUUUGAUGUGCUCGAUGCAGAUGCGGGAGGAGAGCUAAGUGUGCGCGAGCUGGUCACUGGUCUCAUGAGCCUCCGCGGGCCCGUCACAAAGGGUGAUGCAGCCAAGCAGAUUUUCGAGGAGCGGGCGCAGCGUGACUUUGCGGAAGUCAUCCACAAGGAUGCGGGUUACAACCGGAACGCCUAUGUCCUCAUGUCGUUGUCCCUGAAGAGACUGGGGGACCUUGGUGGCGCCAUCCGCUACCUGAACCGCUGCCUGAGCGCGGGACCUGGGAUGGCAGCUGCUUUUAACAAGCCUAUUUACUUUUCUCAACAUGACUCAUCCCACAAACGACGCAAAGAGCCCGACCCACAGCAAGCUUCCUUAGCGUCAUGGGGUGCGGGGUUCAUCCAGAGCACGAAGCAAAUCUGCAAAUACAGAAGCAUCUGA